AUGUGCCGUGACUUCGCCAGAGGCAAUUGCCAAUGGAAAAACUGCAAAUUUGCUCAUGUGAGCAAUGGCCAAAGCCGCAGUCCAAAAAUUUCAACCAGCCAGAUUCAACGUCCUGGGCCCUUGCCCCGACGAGAUCGUGGCUUGCCAAAUACAGAAAAAGCGUUUCGAGCAUGGCAAGGCAGCAUUCCUCUACGCACAGCGGUCAUUCGUCCGUCCUCUGGGAAGAAAACGACUAUCUUCCGGAAAGCGAGGGAACUGAUUGAAUCUGAUGCCAGCAUCCGACAAGAAGUCAUCCGGACACUGGCGAGUGAAGAUGGCUUGCGCCUAAUCUUGGACCUUGUUCAGGAAAAUUUCGAAGGCAUGGAUGCCACAACGAGAGAUCUGAUUUUCAAGACUCAGGUGCUACCAUUUCUAGAGACAGUCACAAAUCCCGAGGUUGUAUCCUCUCUGGUACUGGAGCAGGCAGUGGGCACAAUCUACAAUGUCUUGUUUGGGAUCGACGGAUCUAGAGCAGCGCGAUGGCUCAAUUUCAUCUGUGGUGUUCUCGAAACGGACACCACCAACGCAGGCAGCGCCAUGUUACUGGAGGCAUCUCUACACACUUUCUCCCGCAUCGCAGACCUGAAUUCUACGGCCCCUAUCCAGGACUGUCUGCAUGACGUGGCACACAGAUUUGAAACUGUGAUCGCCUCGAUGAAUGACAAGAAUGGCAUGAGCUGUCGACUUUAUCAAUCUCGGCUUCACCUUGGUCGUCUUCUUCAGCGUAUGGAGACUGGAAAGUCGCUCUCAACGGGUACACCAGAGAAGGAAGUGAAGAAAGAAAGCAAAGCCGCUUUUGUCGCCAAUCGGGAGACUCCCGGGGCAGACACAACAAUGACUUUGACGACAUCUGCCAGAUUAAGAUCAUGCCUAGCUUCGAAGAAAUCUGCAGCCCUCGAGGGGAAUCGAAACUUUCGGUUGUUACGAGAAGACACCGUCGGUCAACUUCGAGAUGCAAUCCACCACGAACUGAGUCCGCGUGCCCAGCAGUCACAAUUGCGCAAAUUCGUAUAUCCUAAGUGCUUGGUGGCCAACCUUGAGUUCAAUUGGCUUUCGGGUCUUUACUUCGAAGUCGACUUCCCUCAGCCUGCCGGAGUAACAAACUACUCACCCAUGGCCCGAGAGAUGUGGUGGCAGAACUCGAAGCGUCUACAGCCCGGUGCGCUUGUGUGUCUGAUCGUUCAAAAGGACGUGGUGUUGUUUUGCACUGUGACACAUCGUGACAUGUCACCCAGGCGCAAAAAGGAUAAUGCCCUCCCACAGGAUCAGGUCCCCUCACAGAACAAGGCAGAGCCAAAAACGUUGUGGAAGAGUUCCACGAGAGGCUCUGUUAUGUUGAUGCCGGUUGAUUCUCGGUACACCAAUACGCAAGUCGUUCUGGACCUUUUUGGUCCUAAAAAGACCGCUAUGUCUCUGGUGGAGUUCCCAGGAGUCAUUCUUCCAGCAUUUGAACCGGCGCUUCAAGCACUCCAAUCAAUGAAGUUGGCCCAAAACCUACCUUUCUCAGAGCUGUUUGUUCCAUGGGUCUUUGAUGAUUUCAACAUAUCCGACAUGGCUCCUCCAUUGUAUGCUUCCCAGCCUGGCUUUGCAUUCAAUCUCCGCUGCCUCAUGAAGAAUGAUACUAAUUUCUACGUCCGCGUUGAUCAACCAUCUGACGUGAAAUACGUACAGGAUCAUUCAACCUUGGAUGGUGCGCAGGCUCACGCAUUGAUCAGUUGUUUGAAGCGAAAGCUCGGUUUAAUCCAAGGGCCACCUGGUACCGGCAAGAGCUACACUGGUGUGGCUCUUGUCAAAGUCUUGUUGGCAAACAAAGAAGCUACCAGGGGAAGAUUAGGGCCCAUAUUAUGUGUCACAUAUACCAACCAUGCUCUCGACCAGCUUCUUGAGGCCUUACUGGACAACAAUGUGACAUCGCAAAUUGUUCGUAUUGGAUCCCAGUCCAAGUCGGAAAGGUUGGAAAAAUUCAACCUUCAGACUGUUGCGAAAGAUACGACAAGAACAAAGAUGGAGAAGAAAGAAAGAUGGAGCACAGCUGAGAGACUCUCGCUGUGUGAGGAUGAUUUUCGUGCCCUUGACCUGAAACGGGAAAUCCCCAUUGCUCGUCUCAAGUCCUAUAUCCAGCGGACAGACCCUGGCCAUCACGAUCAGCUAUUUUCGCUGGUCCAAGAAGAUGGGUUCUUGGGAGUGAAAACCGACAAUCCCCAGAUUACGAUCAAGUCCUGGCUUGAUUCAGCAGCUAAAGACAAUGCUCGUGCACGGCCUGUGGACCGACUCAAGGACGUCAGUGUCUUCGAAAUGUCUCGAAAAGAACGACAGCAUCUUUACGACCAUUGGUGUCGUGACUACCGGGCAGAAGUUGACGAACAAGUUAGGCGAAUCGUUUCAUCUCACAGUGCUGCCAAACAGGGGUACGAUAGCGUCCAGGAUGAGAUGCACCUUCGCUGCCUGGCUCAAGCAGAUGUCAUUGGCGCCACUACAGCGGGGCUUGCCCGUAGACUGGAUAUGUUCCGAAGACUUCCAUGCAAGUUUAUGCUGUGCGAGGAGGCUGGAGAAGUUCUUGAAUCACAUCUGCUCACGGCGUUCCUACCAUCUGUUGACCAUGCAAUCCUCAUCGGCGAUCAGCAACAACUCCGCCCUCAGGUCCAAAAUUACGAUCUCUCUAGCGAGAAUCCUCAGGGUGGUACGCAGUACUCACUCGAUAUCUCCUUGUUUGAAAGACUGGUGAGCUCGAACAAAAGCCCCAUGGACUGUGGAGCUCCUUUCAGCACAUUGGAAACACAGCGGCGAAUGCAUCCAUCUAUCGCUCGGCUGAUCCGCGAAACCCUGUAUCCGAAGUUGAAGGAUGCUCCAUCUGUUUUGGAGUACCCAGAUAUUAUGGGGAUGCGGAAAAGAUUAUUCUGGUUGGAUCACCGACAGCGAGAGGGAGCGUCCGACCCCGAUGCCAUAUCAACCUCUCACUGGAACAGUCAUGAGAUCGACAUGACCGUUUUGCUGGUCAACCAUCUUAUUCAACAAGGUGAAUACAAGCACGGAGACAUUGCAGUGUUGACUCCAUAUCUGGGCCAACUCCACCGACUACGGAAAAGGUUAGAUGAACUCUUUGCCAUUGUAGUAGGCGACCGUGAUCAAGAAGACCUCAAGCAGGCGGGUUAUGGGGAUUAUGAAGUGAAGCACAAACCCAUGAUUAAAGCAGCCUUGUCACAGACUCUUCGCGUCGCUACCGUGGAUAACUUCCAAGGCGAAGAAGCAAAGGUUGUUGUGAUAUCUCUAGUCCGAAGCAACCCACAGAACAAAUGCGGCUUUUUACGCACUUCCAAUCGAAUCAAUGUUCUGUUGUCGCGAGCACAACACGGUAUGUACAUCAUCGGCAAUUCGGAGACCUCGAUCCAUGUUCCCAUGUGGGCUCAAGUCGUAAAUAUUUUGAAGCAAGAUCAAAAUAUCGGAAAGGCCCUGGAGCUGCAAUGCCCUCGCCAUCCAGAUACACCAAUUGCGGUUUCGACGCCAGAAGAUUUUCCAAAGUUCUCUCCCGAAGGAGGCUGCAACUUGCGCUGCAGUGCUGCCCUCGACCGCUUAGUGGCUGCAAUCAUUCGUGCUCUAGGCGAUGCGGGGACCCUUGCCCGGAAAGGUGCAUGGUCAACGUAUAUCAAAAGCACAGAAAACUUCCAUGUGGCCAUCCAAUGCCAAACCUUCCUUGCUGGCAACAUCAAGAUGUCUCGACAGUUUGCUGCCUGGUACGUGUGGACAAGACGGUCCCAGGCUGCAACCAUGUCGUCUCACUGCCAUGCCACGUCGAUGUGGAAACAAAAUACUAUCGCUGCCUAG